GUUGGGGAAGAAGGGACGAAAACGUGAGUAGUCCCCAACAAUUGACUCCAAGAUGAAAUGCUAACAACACCACCAGUGCCAAUCCAGUCGGUGCUAGAUGUCCUCGACCAGACAGCGCUGCCCAGAAACCCCGAGCUCAGAUCCACAUAUAGUCGCUCCAUCAUCGUCCUGGCGCCAACCCGUGCCCUCAAAUUCACCGCCGUCUCGGCGGAAAGACACGCCCUAUGGAUGACGGCCCUCUCCUUCCUCGCGCAAUCCGGCCGCCUACCAUCUCAAAUCCCGCCUUUGCCCUCCGAAAUCCCGCAGGCCCAGCCUCAUCAGCACUCACGAGCGCCUCCUCCGAUCCCAGACAUGGACGGACUGGUAGUGAAACGGCAUCGCUCGCCCUCGUUCGGACGACUAACAGUGCGCGACUCGAUCCGGCUCGCAAAAGGCAAGCGACCCGACAUUCCGAAAAGCGGGAUCCCGUCCAUCGUAGCGGCAGAGCAAACGCAACAACAACAACAACAGCAGGACGAGAGCGCCGACUUCCCCGCCGUGCCGCGCCUGUACGUCGGCACGACGCGCCACCAGCGCAAAAGGAGCAACUCCGCCGUCCCCCGCCUGCCCACGACAUUCAACGGCUUUCGCAGCUCCUCGUCCACCGCCAUCGCCUCGUACACAUCUUCCGCCAGCGGCGGCUUGCAUCCUACCUUCAACAACAACUCCUCCACCUUUUUCCGUGCCAACCUACCCAGCCACCCGUCUUCCAAAAGCGGCAGCAGGCACGAUUCAAUGGCAGGUGGCGGGCCCGCGGAUCACCACCACCACCAUCAACACCCCCAGCCGAACUUCUUUGAGGCCGUGGGCACGGUGCGCAUGCAGGCGUUUGUCGAUCCCAAUGUUCGCGAUGGCAUACUAUACGUUCCUGCGCCGCCGCCGGGCGUAGGUGGUGCGCCGGACGGGUCGCAGCGACGGCGGGGGAGCAGUCAUGUGAGUCAGAUGUCGAUGGAGAGGAGGCGUGGGGGGCAUGUGUUUGACGAUCCGUUCCGGUCGUUUGAUUUUUCUGCGGGAUACGAGAUUCCGGCGAGGUAGAUGGACGAGCGAUUACCAUGGCUUGGGAAAAGUAGGAACAUGGAUGUGCAGUGAUGUGUUUUUCGGUAUACCCCUUCACUUCGAGGCUACUUAGCGAGCGAGCUU